GGUGCUGUGUGUAGCCUGCCCGGGCUCUGACAGCUGGUUAUUGCCGUGUGGUCCGUAGCCGGGAUGGGGAGACUUAGCGGAGCCCUGCGCUGUGUCAAGUACCUGCUGCUCACCUUUAACCUCGUCUUCCUGCUGGUUGGAUCUGCUGUACUUGCUAUUGGACUAUGGAUGCGCUUCAAUAGUGAAAUAAAAGAAUUCAAAUUUGAAAAAGAUGAGCUAGAAUUAUUUUUCAUGGGUGUAUACAUUCUAAUAGGAGCUGGGGCUCUGAUGAUGAUAAUUGGCUUCUUUGGAUGCUGUGGAGCAGCACGUGAAUCUCAGUGUUUGCUUGGAGCGUUUUUUGCCUGCUUACUUGUCAUAUUUGCUGCAGAAGUAACCACUGGAGUAUUUGCAUUUUUAGGUAAAGCUAAGACUAUUAAGGCAAUAAAAGAAGUAUACACUGAGGCUUUCGAUAAUUAUCGAAAUGAGGCUGAAGGAAACUCAACACUGCAAGCUCUCCAUUCUGUAUUGAAUUGCUGUGGGAAUGCGGAUCCUGCUAGCAGUAAACACGUGGCUGCUUUGUGUCCUGAUGAGCAAAAAGAACACAAGGAUUGUCUUGAAGAGAUUGAGAAGUUGUUUCAACACAAAUUCCACAUAAUUGGAAUACUUGCAGUCUCCACAGCUGGAAUAACUAUCUUUGGUAUGAUCUUCAGCAUGGUUCUUUGCUGUGCAAUCAGAAAUUCGAGGGAUAUGCUGUGAUCUGUUUAUCUGGCUCAACGUAAUUGUACAGUAGCGCCACCUGCUGGCACAGGGACUGUUUUACAGCUGUCUCUUUGGACAAUCUUCCUACCCUAACAAAAAAGGGCUUUAAGUUUUCUUUGUAUAAAGAUAUGCAAUGUAUUUAGGGUUCUGUUGUUACAAAGCGUGUCUCACAGCUAUGUAAUAGUUAUUUUAUUUUUAUUAUGGUUUGUGCUUUUAGAGAGGAAAUGUUACAUAAGUGAUACAUUUUAUUUGUUGAAUAUUAAUAAUUUAUCAGUGUACAUUUUUAUAAAAAAUUCAGUUUGCCCCUAAAUGGACAGAAAUUGUAAAAACAAAUAAUUAAAAUAAACAUGGUGGCUUAUAACCCACUUAAACCCAA